GCAAUGUGACUCUGAUGCAACCGAGUUGUCAGUGCGUAGAAUAAAUUCAACAAAAAGUGAAAGAUCCUAAACAAAUCAGACCGAAGACGCAGAGAUAGGCAAUAGACGAGUACAUAUUUGUUUUUCUAUGUGUGAGCAAGACUUUGUUGGCUAAGAGAAAUAAGACACACAAGUACCAAAACAGAAGACAUUGAAAACCUGAUGGCAACAACAGCAACGAAAGCAGCAGCACCAACCGCCAAUGCGGUGCUCGCCAACAGCAGCAGCAGCAACAGCAACAGCAACAGCAGCAGCAACAGCAACACUAAUAUUAUAAGUGCACCAAUUAAAAUUCCAUUGAGCGAACGUUUCUUAACUCAGACGUCGACUGGCUCAGCGGACAGCGGUGUCAUCGUGACGAGCGCCUCUCAGAAGCAGCUCUGCAGUAGCUCGCAGGCGACGCUGCUGCAGUUGCAACAGCUGCCGGUGCGCAGCAGCAGCGGCUCACUCAGCCUACACGGAUCGCAGCCAAAAUGGAAGCGGCAACAGCAGCAGCACAGGCAGCAGCAGCAGCAGCAACAGCAGCAGCAGCAACAACAGCUGCUGCUUAGCCAGGACAGCGGCAUCGAACAGCGCGUCGGCGAGGGCAACUCGAGCGGCGCGGGCGGCGGCCAGUCGAACAGCAGCAGCGAAUCGUUGGGCAGCAGCAGCGGAAAUGAGCAGCUACAGGUAGCAGCUGUCGCUGGACGCACGCGUGCCGCAUCGGCGCUCGAAUUGAGCCACGUUGGCGUCGGCGUCGGCGUCGGUGGCGGUGGCGGCAGCGGCUCUAGCAAUGCGCUGCGACGCAUUAAAUAUAAGAGCACGAACAGUACACAAGGCUUCGAUGUGGAGGAUCGCAUCGAAGAGGUGGACAUCGGGGACGAUCGUGACGAUGACGAGCAUGAUCUAGAGGAGGUGGAGGAUGAUGAUGAGGACGAUGGCGUCGCUGUCGAUGGGGACGAGGACGACACGCAGUCGGGCAUCAUUAUCAACAUUGGCGUGCACGAGGACGAGGAGCAGCAGCGCCUGAAGGCCGAGAUAGCGGCCAAGGUGAAGGCCGAGGAAGAGCUGCCGCUUGAGCUGGCGCCCUUGACUGUUGCCGCUGCGGCGGCGAAGCGGCGAGAUGCGCGCAGCCUGGGCACGGAUGGACGCAUCUUCUUUCCGCUGCUCAAGAUCAACGAGGAUCCGCACAUUGAUGCCAAGCUGAUCAAUCGCAAGGAUGGGCUGCAGGACACCAUGUACUAUCUGGACGAGUUCGGCAGUCCGAAGCUGCGCGAGAAGUUCGCGCGCAAACAGAAGCAGCGCCUCGCCAAGCAACAGAAGGCGCUCCUCAAGCGGGAGCGCGAGGAGCAGCGCAAGAAGCGCAACACAACGGUGGCCUCCAAUUUGGCGGCCAGCGGCCUUGACACCAAAGACCACACACUUACAACAACAACAACAAUAACAACCAAUCACUGUGAUAGAAAUCGUUUGGCGGUCAACAAACAGAUGUCGGAUCCCCAUCCCGAUGCGAGUGGCCACGUCGAUGACGAUGAUGACGAUGCCGAUAUUGGCUUGGUUAAGAUGCGCGUUCGCAGUCAUAGCCAUGAUAAUCAUUAUGAUGCCAACAUCAGGAGCAACAUGAAGUCAAUUGGCUCGGCGGACGACGCUGGCUAUGGGGAUGAGGACGACGAUGAGAUUGAGACCGGCGCCGAGGCGGAAACAGCGCUCCACCACGACGAUGGCGCCGAUUGUUUCGAGAAUGUAAAGACUGUAAAGCUGGCUAGAACACAAUCCUGCGUUAGUUGGACCAAAGUGGUGCAAAAGUUUAAGCACAUACUAGGCAUGAAACAAUUGAUCGGAAAGUUGAAUGAUUUGUGGCCCGAGCAUAGCGUCGCAUUGUCCAUUCCAAAGGAGGUUGAUAGAAGCAAGGAGAAACUUGAGGGCGCCUGGGAGACAAUAGGUCGCGAUGGUUCCAAAAUUACAACAGUCGUUGCUACACCUGGCCAAGGCACCGAUCGCGUUCAAGAAGUUUCCUAUACAGACACAAAAGUCAUAGGAAAUGGCAGCUUUGGAGUCGUCUUUCAGGCGAAGCUCUGCGAUACCGGCGAGUUGGUUGCAAUCAAAAAAGUUUUACAGGACAGACGAUUUAAGAAUCGUGAAUUGCAAAUAAUGCGCAGAUUGGAGCAUUGUAAUAUUGUUAAACUUUUAUACUUUUUCUAUUCGAGUGGUGAAAAGCGCGAUGAAGUAUUUUUGAAUUUAGUCCUCGAAUAUAUACCAGAAACUGUAUACAAAGUGGCACGUCAAUAUGCCAAAACCAAGCAAACGAUACCAAUCAAUUUUAUUCGGCUCUAUAUGUAUCAAUUGUUCAGAAGCUUGGCAUACAUCCAUUCGCUAGGCAUUUGCCAUCGUGAUAUCAAGCCGCAGAAUCUGCUGCUCGACCCUGAAACGGCCGUACUCAAGUUGUGCGAUUUCGGCAGUGCCAAGCAGCUGCUGCACGGUGAGCCGAAUGUUUCGUACAUUUGCUCCCGGUAUUAUCGGGCACCAGAGCUUAUAUUUGGCGCCAUCAACUAUACAACUAAAAUCGACGUAUGGAGCGCUGGCUGCGUGCUGGCCGAACUAUUGCUGGGACAGCCCAUAUUUCCUGGUGAUUCUGGUGUCGAUCAGUUGGUUGAGGUGAUCAAGGUGUUGGGCACACCGACACGAGAACAAAUACGCGAAAUGAAUCCAAACUACACGGAAUUCAAGUUUCCGCAGAUUAAAAGUCAUCCAUGGCAGAAAGUUUUCCGUAUACGCACUCCGACAGAAGCUAUCAACUUGGUGUCGCAGCUGCUCGAGUACACGCCCAGCGCCCGCAUUACGCCGCUGAAGGCCUGUGCACAUCCGUUCUUUGACGAACUGCGCAUGGAGGGCAAUCACACCUUGCCCAAUGGCCGCGACAUGCCGCCACUUUUCAACUUCACAGAGCAUGAACUCUCGAUACAGCCUAGCUUAGUGCCACAGUUGUUGCCAAAGCAUCUGCAGAACGCAGCACACGCAGCCAGUGCUAAUCGCGCCUCGGCUGGAGGACCGGCCGGCGCUGCGGCCAGUGGCUCGACCAGCGUCUCCUCAGCGGGCAGUGGCACGUCCGGUGAUGGCGCCGCGCAGUCACAGCAGCAGCAGCAGGCGCCCGCAUCAGCAGCAGCAGGCACAGGCGCCGGUGGCGCCGCUAACGUUGGCGGUGUCCAGGGAAACAACAGCAGCAGCAACAACAGUGGCAAUCCCACAACUGUCACAGCUGCUGCAGGCGCUCCUAAUGCGCAGCAAUCGAAUGCGGCUGCAGCUGGCUCCGGCGGCGGCGGUGGCGGUGGCGCUGCAACAGCUGCCGCUUCAGCCGGCGCAAUUGCCACAAGCAAUGCAGGUGGCGCUAACAUAACAGAUUCACAGUCGAAUAGCGCCUUGAACAGCAGCGGCAACGGCGACGCCGAGGCUAGCGCUGCAGGCGACGAGGGUGGUGGUGGUGGCAGCAGCAACGGCAGCGGCAGCGGUAAUGGCGGCAACGACGCAGCAGCAGAGCCUGAACAGGCGGUGACCGCGUCAGCCGGCACAUCGGGUUAGCGCCCUAGCAGCAGCAGCACAGGUAGCAGCGA